AUGUUGACCAAUUCGCUCGUUCUUGCCGGUACCCUUGCGGGCACCGCUUGGGCCUCUCCUGCCCAUUUUUCAUUCAAGAGACAAUCCGACAUCGGCGACUUCAUCAAGAGCGAGACCACCUUCGCGAAGCAGGGAUUGUUGAACAACAUUGGAGCUGAUGGCACACUCGUCAAGGGCGCUGCUGCCGGUGUGGUCGUGGCAUCUCCCUCCAAGCAGAAUCCCGACUACUUCUACACCUGGACUCGUGACUCUGCUCUGACCCUGCUCGAGGUUAUUGAGCAGUUCAUUGCUGGCGACGACUCGCUCGAAGCCCUCAUUCACAGCUAUAUCGAUGCCCAGGCAAAGCUGCAGACCGUCUCUAACCCAUCCGGACAGCUGUCUGACGGAUCUGGACUGGCCGAGCCCAAGUUCAACGUCGACCUCUCAGCCUUCACUGGUGCCUGGGGCCGUCCUCAGCGUGAUGGACCCGCCCUGCGCGCUUCUGCUCUGAUCGCCUACGGAAAUGCUCUGAUCGCCAAGGGUAAGGAUUCCGUUGCCAAGCAGCACCUCUGGCCCAUUGUCGCCAACGAUCUGGCCUAUGUGGGUCAGUACUGGAACCAGACCGGCUUCGAUCUGUGGGAAGAAGUUCAGGGUUCGUCCUUCUUCACCACUGCUGUCCAGCACAAGUCCCUAAUCGAGGGUGCUGCCUUCGCCAAGGCGCUGGGUGAGACUUGUGCUGGCUGUGCCGUGGCACCUCAGAUCCUAUGCUUCCUCCAGGACUACUGGAAUGGCAAGAACAUUGUCUCCAACAUUGCCAACAACGGCCGCAGCGGAAUCGACUCGAACUCUGUGCUUACUUCCAUUCACACCUUCGAUCCUGAGGCUGCCUGUGAUGACACCACUUUCCAGCCUUGCUCUGCGCGGGCUUUGUCCAACCUCAAGGUCUAUGUUGACGCUUUCCGCUCUAUCUAUGGUGUCAACAAGGAUCGCCCUGUCGGCAAGGCCGCCGCCACCGGCCGCUAUCCGGAGGAUAACUACCAGGGAGGAAACCCAUGGUACCUCACCACCCUCGCCGUCGCCGAGCAGCUCUAUGACGCCCUCUACCAGUGGGACAAGCAGGGAGCCAUUGAGGUCAACGAGCUCUCGCUCCCCUUCUUCAAGGACUUGAGCUCCAACGUCACUGCUGGUUCGUACGCCAAGGGCUCCGGUGGCUACACCUCCCUUACUGGUGCUGUGAAGACCUACGCGGACGAAUUCAUCGCCGUCAUCAAGGAGUACACUCCUGAGAAGGGCAACCUCGCUGAGCAGUUCGGCCGGGACUCUGGCAAGCCUGUCUCCGCUUCCGAUCUGACCUGGUCCUAUGCUUCGUUCCUGACGGCUGCCUCCAGACGCGCCGGCCAGGUCCCUGCCUCUUGGGGCGCGUCCGGUGCGAACAAGGUGCCUGGCUCGUGCAGCGGUCAGACCGUCACCGGUUCCUACGCCGCUCCCUCCGCUGUUGCGUGGUAG